GCCAUGCCCUGCUUGUGAUCUGCUCCUGCCUUGCCCACUUCUUUUCUUCCUCGUUUGUGGGCACUCUCGGAGUUGGAGGCAGAAAAGGAUGAAGGUAACCCUUGUGUCUCGCAGCGGGAGGGAGGUCAUCAAGGGUGGGAUUGAACUCGCCGACGGGGCUACUGUAAGCGAUCUACAGGAAGCUAUACAUGGUCGAAUUAAAAAAUAUUAUCCUUCGAGACAGCGGCUUACCCUUCCACUGCAAGCUGGAAGUCAAGGAAAACCAAUUGUACUUGUUCCAAAGAGUAAAUUGGCAGACUAUUGCGAUGGGAAUGCCAACAACUUAACUGUUCUUUUCAAGGAUUUAGGCAUACAAGUUUCUUACAGCACUCUUUUCUUCUGGGAGUAUUUGGGCCCACUAAUUAUCUACCCCAUCUGCUACUACUUUCCAGUGUACAAGUACUUUGGUUAUGAGGGUGAGCGAGUUGUUUACCCAGUCCAGACAUAUGCUUUGUACUAUUGGUGCUUCCAUUAUUUCAAGCGUAUCAUGGAGACUUUCUUCAUUCAUAGAUUCAGCCAUGCAACUUCACCUCUCUCCAAUGUAUUCAGAAACUGUGCCUAUUACUGGACUUUUGGAACAUACAUUGCUUACCAUGUGAAUCAUCCACUGUAUACACCUGUCGGUGAUCUGCAAAUGAAGAUUGGAUUCACAUUUGGGUUGAUUUGCCAAAUUUCAAACUUGUACUGCCAUCUCAUUUUGAGGAACCUCAGAAGCCCUAGUGGUAACGGUGGCUACCAGAUCCCUGGGGGGUUUUUGUUCAACAUAGUGACUUGUGCAAACUACACAACAGAGAUCUACCAGUGGCUUGGUUUCAAUAUUGCUACUCAAACAAUAGCAGGUUAUGUGUUCCUCAUAGUGGCUAGUCUCAUUAUGACUAACUGGGCCCUCGCAAAGCACCGGCGACUCAAGAAGUUAUUUGAUGGAAAAGAGGGGCGGCCUAGGUAUCCACGACGUUGGGUAAUACUUCCUCCGUUCAUCUGAGCUUCAGAAAUUUGGAGCUGCAGGCAACUGGAACAUGUGCUUACUUUGUACACCUGAAAUUUCUCCUUUCAGGUUUUUAUCUCUGAAUUUUCUAUUCAGAUAGAACUUCUGUUUACUCCCUGUAGGUUUUUACUUGUGAUGGUUGUUGUUAACCGAUGGGUAGAAAUAUGUAGGCAGUGAAACUUGUUCUGUCUGCAUUGCAAAUUCUACAUAGCUGGGAACAAAUUUCAUAUCAAAUGUCUAGUUUCCUUG